AUGAAUAAAGAAGCUUAUAAAUAAUAACCAAUAUCUGAAAAACUGGCUUUUAAAAAUAUACAUUUUGAUGAUGAUAAAGAAUUAGCUAAUUUCUACAUUUCUAUAUUUUAAAAAUGCGUUGAGAAUAUUUCUAAUUAAUAAUUGUCUUUUUUAGAGGAAUUUCCUUAAUUAAACCAAAUAUAAGUCGAUCGUUGCUAUGUUAUGAAACUCUAAUCAAAUGAUCUAAUAAGAAUAGCUAGAAAAGUAUAGUUUCUAUCUGUUGGUAAAAAAUAUUUUAAUGCAGGCAACUUUAAAUACGUUGUUGGUAAUUUAACAUUCUAACAAAAGAACCUAUAAUGUAGAAUAGUUAAAGUUAAUGAUUAAAGAAAUUUAAGUGAUGAUUAUGAAAAUCUUAGGGAUUUUAAAUUUGUUCAUUUCUACCAAAUAGAUGACAAAAAAAACCCAAAAUAAAGCAUCAAAAGUACAAUUAAAUACUAUUAUAACAAAUCCUAAUAGUAAGAAUCUGAAGAAGUAUAAGAUCGACCUACUUCGCAAAAAUCUAGUAUCAAUAAAAGUUAAGUACAAGAAUUGCAUGAAUCUGUAAUUUAAGAAAAAAAAUUAGAAAAUUAAAUUAAUACGAAUCUGAAGAAAGAAAACAGCUCUAAUUUAAUAGAUGAAGAUUCUGAGAGCGAAGAUAGUAAUGAAGCAGCAAUUACAAAUAAUUAGAAUUAAAUUACAAUAAAUAAUAAAAAUGCAAAUGAUAUUUAAAGUAAUUAUCAGCUUUAGUAGUAACAUGGUUUGACAAAUCCAAAUCAAAAAGAAGAUUAGUCAGCAAUAAUACAAAAUCUUCUUUAUUUGAUCAAGCAAAAAGAUAUGUAGCUCUUAGAUUAGUAAUAAAUAAUCUUACAACACUAAAUGCAAUAAUUAAAUAUGUAAAGAUAAAGACUAUUAUCUUUGGACGAUAUAAAUAAUUACAAUCCUUUAUAAAUAGGCAUUAAUAGUGAUCAUUAUAAAAAUAACCCAAAUGCUAAUAGCUUAAAUAAAUUAGAUAAUAAGUUUUAAAAUAAAUAAAUAAAAGUAUAAGAUGAUGAUCAAACAGAAAUAAUUGAAUUAGAAGAUGAUUGA